UAUCUUGGCACCGUCCACUGAAGAAAACACACACCACCGGCCACUGAAGAGAUGAUCCUUCACACCAUUCCCUUCUCAUCCAACAUCGCGCCACGUGGCCUAAUUACAUCGCGUUCCGAUUCUUCUCCAACCCGAGUCAACUCAGAUGCUUCAACCGCCAGGUCACUCGCGCCGGACUCGUUCUGUUUCAGCGGCGUAUGUUCGUGCGGAAGAAGGCGCUUCGUUGAAGCAGCAGUAGCCACAUCGUUAUUCCCAAUUUGCCCCUCCACCUCCAUCGCUUCCAAAUUGCCUUCUGAUAAUUAUACGGCCAUGUUAGAAAAAGUUCAUCCUCCAAGACCAGACUGGUAUGAAGAGUUGUAUGCAUCAGUCUUGAACACCUCCAUGCAAUCUUAUGAAGACGAGAUUGCAGGUUACAAGGCAGAGCUGUUCGCUGAACUGAAGGGAAAAGCUCAGCAAGUGUUGGAAAUUGGUAUAGGGACUGGUCCUAACCUUAGAUACUAUGCUGCUGAUAGUGGUGUCCGGGUUUUUGGUGUGGAUCCGAAUAUAAAGAUGGAAAAGUAUGCUCGGGCUGCCGCCGUGGCUGCCGGUCUGCCCCUUUCAAAUUUUGAGUUUGUACAAGCAGUUGGGGAGGCUAUACCAUUAGAUGAUGCUUCUGUUGAUGCAGUUGUUGGAACCCUUGUUUUGUGUUCUGUUAAAGAUGUUGAUAAGACUCUGGAAGAGAUAAAGAGAGUGCUGAGACCAGGUGGAGUUUACCUGUUUGUGGAGCAUGUGGCUGCAAAAGAUGGAACAAUCCUCAGAUUUAUACAGAGUGUUCUUGAUCCUCUGCAACAAACCCUAGCUGAUGGGUGUCAUCUCACCAGGGAAACAGGAAGGAGCAUAUCCAAGUCUGGGUUCUCAGAUGUUAAGCUUAGCAUGACCUCCUUGUCCAGUGCCUCUAUCAUAAACCCUCAACUCUUUGGAAUAGCUUGUAAGUAAUAAUAACAGAAGGCCAUAGAUGGUUUGCUAUUUGGAGGAGCAGUCUAAAACUUGGAUUGUGUUUUGUUAUUAUUGGAAUAAAUUUGUAGUUUUGGUUGGCCAUUA